CCGGCCCAAAUUUUGUUUUCUUUGCCUUUUUUAUAAGUCACAUUCUCACUUGGCGGAGCUCCAUUUCGAACUUCUCCGCCAUUUUCCUCUCUCCUUCAGCAUCGUCACUUGUGGUACAUCCUGUGAGAGAGAAAGAAAGCUGAAGUUCCUGUCCCAAAAGAGAGAAGGAAACCACCACUAUGAAUGCCCCAGACCGAUAUGAGCGAUUUGUUGUCCCUGAAGGGACAAAAAAGGUGUCGUAUGAGAGGGAUACGAAGAUCAUAAAUGCUGCAUCGUUUACGAUUGAGAGAGAGGAUCACACUAUUGGCAACAUCCUUCGCAUGCAGCUGCACCGGGAUGAAAGUGUUUUAUUUGCUGGCUACAAGCUUCCUCACCCACUUCAGUACAAGAUCAUUGUCAGGAUUCACACAACCAGCCAGUCAUCACCAAUGCAGGCAUAUAACCAGGCUAUUAAUGAUCUUGACAAGGAACUUGACCUUUUGAAGAGUAAUUUUGAGGCUGAGGUAGCAAAGCAUUCAAUGCAAGUGGACUACUAGAAUGGACUCAGAGAACUAUGUGGAGGCAUGUUUUGAUAGUCUUAUCAUGUAAUUGAUUGUUCCCCUGCUUAGUUUUGGAACUAUUGUACUUGUGAACCUAGAUGACUGAUUGUCUUUGUAUUUUGAUGGGUAGUGAUGGAAUGGGAAGUUGAGAACAGGAGAAAUGGUACAUGCAGUUUGAUUAGA